AUGAUUGCCGUGGGUCUUCGUCGAGCAAAGCUUGCAAAUCGUCGACUUGAGGUCUAUGGAUUAAUUGAACUAAAUAAACUGAAUUUUAUCAGCGAUCGUGGUUCAAAUUUUGUUGCAGCAUUGAGACAAUUCACUCCGAUGUAUUGUUUUGCUCAUCGGCUGAAUAAUAUCCUCAAACUUUCUUUUUAUCAACAACAAAAAAAGGAAAAAGCAACAGCUUUAGCGUUAGUUGCCGCCUCAUCUUCCCUUCUCGCAACAAGAAACAGCGAUUUAACACGUUUGGAAUUAGAAAAAACCUCAUCUGAUAGCGACGGAUUUGACAGCGACGAUGAUAUCCCGUUAAACAUGUAUUUAUCUAUGUCUGUUAAACGCGAUCUCAAGAAAAAUGCAGAUAUAACAAAAAAACCUAUAGGAGAAUUAUUACACGCGAGUUUAGAUUUUUUGAGAACGAUAAACAAUUGUAAAUCGUUGGUCAAAUACGUCAAACUGAAUGGUUUAAAUAAAGAUAUACAAGAUUAUGGAGGUGUCUGUUUGAAACAGUCUACUACCGUUCGGUGGCUUUCAUUAAUUAAUCUAUUAGAAUCGAUUGCAAAGUCUUAUGAACAAACCAAAAAAGUGUUGGCUGGGAAAAAACAACAGAACAAGUUUCACAUUGAUAAACAAAACGUUCAAGAAUUAAUUCAAUUACUAAAACCAUUUAAACGUGUAAUUACCUUGAUACAAAAAGGAUGUGAACCCUCUCUAUACAUGGUAUUAAUAUGCGUUUUGAAAUUGAGAAAAACAUUGAGAACAUCGGAAUCGUUAUUCAAAUAUAAUCGACAAGAAUUGGAUGAUAAAAAGCAAGCAAAUCAAGAAAAUAAUAGAGAUAAUAGAUAUAACACAGAUGAUCUUGUCGAGUAUGAAAGUGAAGGUUUGUCAUUUUUCCGUACUCGUACGGUUCAACUAUUAAAUUUAAUGUUUACUCUCGAUAUUCGUCACUACACCGCUACGCUACUGCAUCCUCGAUACAGAAAGUUAAAAACAUGUUCAAAUUUAGAAAUAAGAAAUUGUCAUAAAUACGUUCGACAGCAAAUGGCUCUCAUUCAAGUCGAUGUUGAUAUUCCAAAAGCAGCGAUUGCGGAUGGAUAG